UUAACCGUUGGCAGUAUCAUGCCGAAAUAGCCGAAAAAAUCAAAUCAAGAUGGUAGUUUAGCAGUGCAGAGCGGACGAACAUAGUGUUUACAUUUUGUCUUCUGAGUAACCUUGUAAUGAAUAUAAAGCGCAGAAGCUAUUCAAUAUCAGUUGACGAUUUUAAUAGUUAUGUUAACAUCUUUUGACAUAUUUCUAGCUUCUUGGUUCCAUACUCAAAACUCUCUCAUCUUGUUGUUUCUGAAGUUUUGUACAUAACAGACACAGUUUGUUUACAACUCAUUUUCUCACUGUUGCUGGUAUUGUUAUAUUCUUGCUGUGUGUUAUAUCGGAUUAUACAUAUCUUAAAAAUAUUCAUUCAUUUUUAUAGUUGCUAGCUAAUACUUGAAAAAUGUCUGCAACACUUAGAUCGUUUCGUUCCCGUUUUAUAAAUGUUGAAAACACUGAUGAACUGAAAGCUGUAGUAUCAGAUAUUCUUCCUUUUAAUGAAAACGAAUUCAAGAUUAGUAAUAUACAAGGAUCAGUCAAGAAAUUUAAAGCUGUUGUUGAGUGUACCAUAUCUUCUGAGGAAGAGUUUGUGAAAAGCUAUCAAUCCAACACAAAUGAAACGUUGAGAAAGCUAACACCAAGAUAUACUGGUGAGAAAAGCCUGUAUAAGCAAUUUACAUACUUCAGAUGUCAUCAUAACACACGGUAUCAAGCGACAAUGAACAGUAAAAUGAAGAUGAAAUGUAAUCCCAGUCAGAGAUUCAAAAACACUGAUUGUCCCUUCAGCUUGGUGCUGAAGUAUAAAAAAGAAGAAGGUGAUAACAAUUGUUUGCUAGAAAUGGAAUGGACUCAUAAUCACCCAGUAAAUUCUCUACAGUCAUUAUCCUUUAAGGAUAUUAAGCCAGAUGUUGUGGCUGAAAUUACUCAGCUAUAUGAAAGAGGCUUCACUCCUGGGUUAGCUUAUCGAGAGAUUUGGACCAAAACUAAAAAGUCGUAUGAAAGUGAAGUAGCUUUUCACAAGUUCAUCUCUGACCGAUCAGUGUUUCCCAGACGCACAGAUUAUAAUUAUUUAUAUACAGAAUAUCAUCGAAAAAAAUAUGGAACACAAAACACAAGUACAAUGUUUGAAAAGUUGAAUACUUUGGUUGAGCAAGAAACUCUCAAAGAUUCGGAUAUUGUAAUAAAAGCUCAGAAAUUUGAUGCUGAAUUCCUUUUGACAAAUAUCGCAAGUACAUAGUACGCAAUUCUUGCUGUGAUAGUUGAACUCCUUCUGUCGCGUGAAGGUUUUCUUGCAUUUUGCGCAAAUCAACGACUCAGUUUGACCACAGUCAUCUUCUUCUCGCUUCUUUUGCCCUUUCUUGUUCCAUUCCUACGAUGAAUCAAACGUAAAAUUUGAAUUAAUCUAGUGUAUAAUUUGAAAUAAUAUGUCACAGAGAUCUGAGUACGAGGUUGUUAUUCACUCUGAGUACGAGGUUGUUAUUCACUCUGAGUACGAGGUUGUUAU